GUGUUACUGUCACGUGUCACGUGUCACGAUCAGCGUAGUCUGUCUACAGCCAGCUGUACUAUCGCAAUCAAACGUAAAGCUACAUUUUCUCUGAACAUUCAGCAUUACAUGACACUGUAAACCCCAUCCUCUCUUUGAUUUUUUUGAUUACUUUUCUUGACACAAACUAUCACUGAGUUUAUCAAGUACUCAAAGCCAUGUCCUGCUUUCUUGAACUCUAAAAACUAGGUCCCCGGUUAUCUGGAAUAAACGAAAACCGGAAAAAAACACUUAAGCAGACUAUGGCAGGAAAAGAUUGUCACCCAUCCUGCAAAGACACACUUUAAACUGGAGCCUCCAUUCCCAGCAUACCCUGGCAACAAAGCAGUCAGAGCUCGAGGACGUCCUCUGGUCAUCAGAAUUGAGUUUUAAACGCUGAUGUCUUGCUUCUCUUGGCCACCAGCGACUUCUUAUCACACUUCUUGCAGACUACACGACAUUUCAUGUCAACUGGGUUCCUUUUUCAACUGCGAUUUGCAGCCAUUUCAUGAAAAAAACUCAGUGAGUCAGGCCGCGGUCCAUGAGUCCAGAGCUGAAUUCACUUCCUCGAGCUGCGGUGUUGUAGAGAAACCUGAUGGCUGUGGUUUGACUAAAAUAUUGUAAACUGUGUCCUGGGCCUGUAAAGAGCUCUCGCUAGCACUAGUGUUCUGUGGUGUUUGUCUGUGGACAAGUGUAUGACUGACGGGAAGGUGUCCUGACAUAAAGAAUAUUGCAACCUGUGAGGCACACAAAGUGAUCUGGACAUCCCUCUGUUGGUGCCAGCAAUCGGAAAAUGAACCUUCUAAUAAUCCAUCUUAUUGUAGGUGGGAUAUGUGGAGCUUUAGGUGACUCUGUCCUGACCGACUGCCAGGUCACCAUCAGCACUGUCAACUGGACUGUGUCCGGGUCUUGUCGUGUGGAGCAAAAUGUCUCCAACUACAACUACAGCUGUGAGUGGGAAGUAGACAAUGAGCGGACAUCAGUCGGACAGUCGGACAGCGGUGAUGAGCUUUGUUCUUUUACACAACCGCUUGAACUUACUACCUACAACUACCGUGUACAUUUUUCACCGUCUUCAGCAGCAGCGGUUUCAGGAGAAGUCAAAAUUGCUCAAACUGGAAAUUCUACAAAGUUUCGUCCACAAUUGGUGGAAUGUGGAGCAAAUCUGACUUGUUCGUGUCUGACAACCACAGAGGACAGUGAGAAGCUGGUGAAGACUGAGGGACAGCGGGAGGACAACGGCACACAGUUCACGUGUCACGUGACAUGGACUGGGAAUCUUUUCAAAUCACUCACCUACACUCUUAUUGCUAAUUGGACUGUCGAAGAGGACAUUCCAUCGAUUCCUGUGACAUCAUCCUCGACUGAAGCAUACGUCGGGGUUGUCGUCGCUGUCCUUGCAUUGACUGGUAUCGCCGCUUUUCUCGCUGUUUACUUCAAGUGCCGAUACAACUAUUCACGAAAAGCUGCUGACCAAACUCCAGAUUUGACAGGAACUGAACUGUACGCCUCUACGUCACGCCGGGAGGAGAGCAGGCACAGGUACUCCACGCUACGUCACACAGACACUGCAUACGAGGAGCCGCUGCCUCCAGCCCAACACCCUCGAGGUCCGUCAAACCCCACGUCGACACCGGCGACACAUCAGGAGGACACUCAGUACUCGGACAUGGAGCUUUUUCCUACAGAGAUAACAUACCAAGCACCAAUCCCGCCUACACAGGAUGUUCAUACUUACAUGAUGCUCCACAACAUACACAGCGCCACCACAGCACCAUCCCAGGUCUUAGAUGAUCCUGGUGAUGAUGGAAACGGACCUUGAGACUUUCAUAGUCUUAGACUAGGGUCAGAAAUACAAUUGUCAGUAGAUGGCCUUGCAGUCAUCAGGUUGCUUCGGGUGUUCCACACUAUACUUAAUUAAUAAUUAUAUCUUAAAUUUGUUUUGUCCAUCCACGAUAAUCGUAAUCAUAAAGGUAAUUGGGUUUUAAGAAAAUGUUCAUCAUUUAAUAUUCUCUCUCAGUAUCAAUAAAGCAUUUUGCACGAA